UAGCCGGAACUGCUGCUGAGCGCGGCGACCUGGGCCUCCCGGACCCGAGCGGCGGCCGCAGCAUCGGCGCCCGCAGCCUCGUCUGCCGCUCGCCGGCCGCGGAGGGCUCGUGCCGGGGCGCGCGCCGCGCGGCCGCUGCUUCCGAAGCGGGACGACCACACCGGGGUCGCGGCUUCUGUGCAGCGGGCGCUCGGGGGCCGGGUCUGCGCGGCCUGGCCGGUCCUGCGGGCGCCCGGGCGGCCCCCGGGGAGCCUGCGAAACCAGGCUGCUGCGAGGCGUUGAUGAAGAAGGAUGACAGUGAAGUUGGGAGACGGCGGCGGCGGCGGGGAGGACGGGCUCAAGCGGCUGGGGAAGCGCUCGGCCGACGACGACUCGCUGGAGGGCGAGGGGCCCGGCGGCGGGGACGCGGCCGACGACAGCGGCGCCACAAAGAGGGACGCCAGGCCCCCCCGGGACGGCGGCGACGGCCCCCCGGGCCCCGCGGGCGGCCCCCCGGCCGGCCCCCCGGCACCGGCCCCGUCUCCGCCGCCCGCCGGCCCGCAGGACCAGCACCACUUCCUCCGCUCCAGCGUCAGGCCGCAGAGCAAGAGGCUCAGGAAGGACUCGUCGUGCGCCGGCGGCAGCGGCGGAGCGGGCGUCUCGGGGCCCCGCGGAAAAGGAGCUGACGGUGGCGGAUCAUCGUCCGGAAAUGGUUCUGGAGCUGCCCCUGCCGCCCCUGCAGGGGGCUCUCGCUCAUCUUCCCGGAACUUGGGGUCUUCCAGCGGCGAGAAGGAAGAAGGCAAGAAGGCCCGGCGGCAGUGGGAGUCGUGGAGCACAGAGGAUAAGAAUACUUUCUUCGAGGGGCUCUAUGAGCAUGGGAAAGACUUUGAAGCCAUUCAGAACAACAUUGCACUCAAGUACAAGAAGAAAGGCAAGCCCGCGAGCAUGGUGAAGAACAAGGAGCAGGUCCGGCACUUCUAUUACCGCACGUGGCACAAGAUCACCAAGUACAUUGACUUUGAUAAUGUGUUCUCCCGUGGGCUGAAGAAGUCGUCCCAGGAGCUGUACGGUCUGAUCUGCUACGGCGAGCUGCGGAAGAAGGUCGGGGGCUGUAUGGACGACAAGAACGCGACCAAGUUGAAUGAGCUCAUUCAGGCGGGGGCCACCACUGUGCGCUACAAAGGAAGAAACCUACGGAUCAAAGCGCCCAUGUGCCGUGCUCUGAAGAAGCUCUGCGACCCGGACGGCUUGAGUGACGAAGAGGACCAGAAGCCAGUGCGCCUGCCCCUGAAGGUCCCAGUAGAGCUGCAGCCAAGGAACAACCACGCCUGGGCCCGCGUGCAGAGCCUGGCCCAGAACCCGAGGCUCAGGAUGAUUGUGGAGCUCCACCGGAAGGUCUCCAGCCUCAUCGAGUUCCUGAAACAGAAGUGGGCGCUCCAUGAGGUGCGGAUUCGGAAGACACUCGAGGAUCGGCAGCUGCAGCACUCACUUCCAGAGCCGUCGCAGGAGAAGGUGGCCUUGCACCUGUUCCCCGGAGAGAGUUGCACGCUGACGCCACUGCCAGGAGUGGCCCGAGUCGUGCACUCCAAGGCCUUCUGCACGGUGCACUGGCAGGAGGGUGGCCGGUGCAAGCAGGGCUCCAAGGAUGCCCACACAUUGCCUCCGGCCCAGAUCUUGGGCAUCCAGAGCGGGCAGGGCACGGCCAGGGGCCAGGUGAAGUGUCCUCGGGGUGGCACCGAGGGCAAGGGCCCGGGACGACCCCCUCCUUCCACCGAUGCCUCACAGAGCUCUGGAGAGAGUUCCCCUGAAAGUGCUCCUGGGGAGGGGGCCGCCCCGAGCCUUGGCAGUCUAGACACUCCAGACAGGCUGCCCACUGGGCCCCAAGAUGCUGGGGGGCGGCUUGAGAAGACCCCCACAGCUGCUCCUGCAGAGGGCAGGGAUGGCCUCACCCGAGAGGCUGCAGAUGUGAUGUGCGCCUGCGGCCAGCUCCCAGAGCUGGAGGAUGAGCUCUCCCUCCUUGAUCCCUUCCCGCGCUACAUGAAGUCCUGUCAGGACCUCAUCGUCCCUGAGCAGUGCCGCUGUGCAGACUUGCGGCCCUCAGGCUGCGCCUCCCCAGAGACUCGCGUCCCCGGCAGUGCAGAGGUGGCCGACCUCGCCCGGGCUGGGGCACCAUCCCCCGUCCGUGCCACACCAGGUCCUGAGCCUCAGCCUGGCCCCGGGCUCCAGCCAGAUGUUUGCACUAAAGACUCAUCAGAGGCACCUGCAGAGGAGCCCCAGGAGAAGGUGAACCCCUCGGAUCCCCCGCCUCAGGGACAGCCUGCUGCCAAGCUUCCUAAAGAUGUCCCCGCCAGCCGGCUAGCCCAGCAGCUCCGCGAGGAAGGCUGGAACCUGCAGACCUCCGAAAGCCUAACGCUGGCCGAAGUCUACCUCAUGAUGGGCAAACCAAACAAGCUCCAGCUGGAGUAUGACUGGCUGGCUGUGCUGGGUCCUGAGGGCCAGACCCCCGGCGGGCAGGCCCAGGGCCCCUGCCCCGCCGCCACGCCCUCCACCUUCCACAAGCAGCGCCUCCUCAGCUGCCUCCUGAAGCUCAUCUCCACCGAGGUCAACCCCAGGCUGGCUCCAGAAGGGAACGCCAGCUCCGUGGCUUCCGUGAGGCCCGCCCAGGAGGAGCAGUUGGCUACCCCGCCAGGGAAGGUGGUGACCGUCAGCUCCCGGAGCCCCCGCUGCCCGCGGAGCCAGUCUGCCCUCCGCAACAGCAAGACCUUCUCUCCCAGCUCUGCGCCUUGCUCCUCAGGUCUGAGGAACCCGCCCAGACCCCUCUUGGUGGCGGGCCCCUCUAGCACAGGCAACAGUGACUCCGACGGUGGCCUUUUUGCCGUUCCCACCACUCUGCCGCCCAAUAGCCGACACGGGAAGCUCUACUCUCCCAGCAAAGAAACAGAACUGACUUUCCGUCAGCACCUGAACUCCAUCAGCAUGCAGUCAGAUUUCUUCCUGCCGAAGCCCAGGAAGCUGAGGAACCGGCACCUGCGGAAGCCACUGGUGGUGCAGAGAACGCUGCUUCCUCGACCAUCUGAGCACCAGUCCCACAACGUCUGUUCCUUUUCCAUCCUGUCCAAUUCCUCUGUGACUGGGAGAGGCUCCUUCCGGCCCAUCCAGUCUUCUCUGACCAAAGCAGCCCUGUCUCGGCCGAUUGUGCCCAAGGCCCUUCCGCCCCAGGCCACAGGUCACCUGGCCAGUGCUAUUGACUUAGCAGCUAAAAGUGCUGGAAUCAUUCCGGGAAGCCCCCUCCCUGUCUUGGACGCUGAGGGCUUGUCCAGCAUCUCCCCACUCUCUUCAGACGAGGUGACCGCCACCGUCCCGGGUCCGGAGUCCACUGGCACCCAUCGCAACGGAGACUCCAUCCCCACCGUGGGGGGCACAAGCGACCCAUUCAUCAGCGUCCCCUCGAGGCCUGAGCAGGAGCCAGUGGCGGACGGUUUCCAGGGCUCGCCGGUGCUGUCCUUAUCCGAGCUGUCCAAGGCUCCUCUGCACAACGGGCCCCCCGCGCCCCUGCCUGCGCCGGAGGGCUCCAGCAGCCGCCUGUCCCCACCCAACGUCUCUGCGCUGCUGGAUAUCUCCCUGCCCGGGCCCCCUGAGGACGUGCUCUCGCAGGGCGAGCCCGCCACGCACAUCAGCGACUCCAUCAUCGAGAUUGCCAUCAGCUCCGGCCAGUACGGUGAGGGAGUCCCUCUUUCUCCGGCAAAGCUGAAUGGCAGUGACAGCUCCAAAAGUCUUCCAUCCCCUUCUAGCAGCCCCCAGCCAGACUGGAUCGCCUCCCCCACCCAUGACCAGUGGUGCCCCAGCGACCCCACGGACUCGUCGCUCAGCAGCUUGUUUGCGAGCUUCAUCUCGCCAGAGAAGAGCCGAAAGAUGCUGCCGACCCCCGCGGGCACACAGAGCGGCACGUCCCUGCUGGGCCCCAGCCUGCUGGACGGCAACUCGAGAGACUCGUUCGUGUCCCGGUCCCUCGCUGACGUUGCUGAGGUUGUGGAUUCCCAGCUGGUGUGCAUGAUGAAUGAGAACAGCAUUGAUUACAUCUCUCGAUUUAAUGAUUUGGCCCAAGAACUGUCCAUCACCGAGCCUGGCCGCCGAGAGGUUCUGUUUGAUGGCAGUGGGGGCGGCCCCCCCGUCGGUGACCUGUCCCAGUGAGCACACCUUGUCCCUGGUAGGGCAUUUGGACGCUGCAGAGGAGGGCUUCCAUGGCUGGUGGGCCUCAGCUGUGGUAGGUGUAGCCCUCUUCAGGCUAGAGAAAACAUUAAGUCAAGCCCAGGACCUCCCAGAAGACAGUCUGAACAGAGGAGGCUCUGCCCCACAGAAUGUACAACACGCAGGAAGCCACGUCCCAAUGGGCAGAGGGCAGUGGUGGCCCGGGAGGCGAGGACGAGUUCUCUGGAAGAGCCCGUGUCAGACGUUGCUGUGGCGAGGGAGCGGCUCCCUGCCAGCCGUAACGUAGCGCACAGUGGCCACAUUUCUUCUCAAGCAUCCACCUCACUUGUUCUGUUGGACGUUCCACUGGGUUUACUCUCCGAGGGAAAGGACUAGGUGUGCCUUGGCGGUGGCAGCAGCAGUCGCAGGGACUCACAGUUUCCCUGUUCUCUGCAGGGACGCUUCCAGCCACCGCUGCUUUUUUUCUGCCAAACCUCUGCACCCUUUGGUGGUUUUCUCUGCGGAUGAUGGGGAAGCACAGCUGGGCGUGGCCUGGGCUGUGCCUGGCGGUGUCUACACCCUUGGUGGAUACUCAAGAGGAGGACCCUCGGAUCACAGGGCAGCGUACCUGGUGCCAUCACUCUGGAAACGCUGACCCUUGCUUCGUGCGUUCUCCCACUUGGAGGUUUGUUCUGACGGACUUAAUUGGGAGGGAGGAGAGAAUCCUGUGCAGGUUGUGUGGACUUUUAGAAAACAUCCUAAACUGGUUGGAAAAAGGUUUUCCUUGUGUUUUGAGCAUUAGGAGAUAUUGAAGAAGAGAGUUAAUGGUUUCCUUCCUGUGUUCAAGCUUCUUGGUCAACUAAGAUGUUCCUUGUCUGUUGGAACCAUAGCUGAGCCCUUGUCCGUGAGUCCCUGGGCCACCGGGGUGCUGCUGGCACGCAUGGCCUUCCUUCCACAGACUUUUGUGCAGAGUCCACCCUGUGCAUACAUUUCAUCCUUCAUGUUCCCUCCCACCCACCUGGGUGCAGUCAGACUAAAACCACGUCCGUCUUGUGUGCUCCUGGGGGUUCCACGGGUGAUCUUUGUCAUCACUGCAGAUGGUUCAGUGCCCAGUCUUUCCCCAGAACAGAGCUUCUCAGCCUCAGGAGACUUGGCAGACGAAACCCCAUCCGGCCCUCUGGCCACCGUGGCUGGGAGCCGGUGCUGUAGUGGUGGCCAGGUAACACCUGUGCACCCCCAGCCCACUGCUGCUCCGCCCUCCGCCCACGGCCCAGAGUAGGCUCGCUCCCGAAACCCGCCUGGAUUGACGACAGCUUCUCUUUCCUGUUCCGACUAGCGGUGGAGUAGUAGCCUCCCAGGCCAGUCCCAGGCCUGUCCUCGGGCUUCUGUCCCCGUCCAUAAUGAAGAGGUGAGGCAGAUGAAGAGGGCACAAAAGGUCUUCUGGGGUGCAGGCAGAGGGCGUGCUCCCGAUCCCACCUUCUCGGCAGAUGGAGGCAGCCACUCCAGGCUGUGGGCAGCAUCAGUCACCCCAAGUCAUGGACGAGAGGGCAGUGGGCUUCCAGGCAGUGGCUUCCUUCCCUCAUCUCAAGGGUUUCUCAGAGCUCUUGCCUUUAUAGUGGUUUCCUUCUUUAGAGUCUGGUCCUAGGUGCCAACCUCACUAGUUAAAGCCCCUGUGGGCAGCUCUUCUGGGCUCUUACAAAUGGUAAAGCUCUGGGGAUGUGUAAAAGAGGGGCAUGAUGCCCCUUUAGUAAGAGAGAGCAUCGUUUGAACCAAAGUAUCUAAAUUUGCUUGGGUGGUUUUAUAAUCCAUCUAUUAUCAUCCUAAAAUUAGCAUCUUUUGGAGGUGAUGUGAUUAGUGGAUCUCUCUGGGGAUCUGACUUUGUCAUAUCUGUAGGAGGUUAGGAUACCAGGCCAAAUUCAGGCCACUACUGACUCGGUCAUACUCCCAGUGUCUGGGACCAGAGACACCCUCCCACUCCGCUAAGUAACAGACAGCAGGGUUCUGAGCUACUUUCACUGGGAUGCCCCGAGCCAGGCUACUGGGUAGGCUGGUGGUGCUGGUUACUCAGUGACCUCUAAGAGGAGAAAAGCUAGGGAUUUGGGAUCAGCCUUUGUAGGCUCUUUAGUGGCACCUUCCACAGAGGGGCUGGAGUGCCAUCAGGUGGGGAGGGAGAUAGGGAGGACGGUGGACUGAUUCUUCGCACCUGUAAUAAAGCUGACACUUUUUUCCAGAGAGUUCUGUGGCAACCUGACAGGCGGAAGCAUUUGCUUGCUGUGUUAGGGAAAAGUGGUGUCAUUAGUAGCAUUAAAAGGAUGAGUGCGUUUUCUCCCAGUGUAAAUCAAUAUAUAUGUAUAAAAAUAAGGAGCUGUUACAGGCUAUAAUUUUCAAAAGACCCAAGCAGAGAUACUCCCUCCCUGCCAUAUCUUACUCUGCCUCAUGAGCGGAAGUCGUAGUCUCGCUGUGCACCCGUGGCUUUCUUCGUGCAUCUGAGCAUGUUGUGACUAAGACCAGAUCAGUUCCUCAGAAAUCUCCCUCCCUAGUCACUCUGAUGCUGUCUGGGAUCUUUUUGCUGAUUCAGCUUUUCCAAAGAUUGAGCCUGAGUAUCUCUGGUGUCCGGAGAGUUUGUGGCUCAGCCUUGGCUUUUAUUGUCAACAUCCAGUGAUAAGCCUAGAAGAUGCAACAGUGAGUCGAAGCUCCCGCCACCACACCAGAUCGGCGGGGAUGUGGCCCUCACCUCUCUAUCCCCUAGGUGUAGGGCGCUUGCUCAGGCAGUGGGGCCAUUUGGAAACAAUUCAUCCAUUGAUCGACUUGCUUUCCCACAUCUCCAGCUUCUUAGCAUUGGGAUCCUGAAAGGGGGUCCUUUUCAGUUGAGUAACAUCUUUUACCUAGAUCCCAGCAUGGGGUCCAAACUUGUGCAAAGAAAAGCCAUGGAAUAGAAGACACUGGAACCAAGCAGAGGAAUGAAGCAGCAGCAGUCUGCUGGGUUUGUUUUGUGUUUAAAGACAUUGAGAUCUGUCAGAUGCAUUUGUGAGAAGAUAGGGCACUUUGUCUUAAGAAAAAAAGGAAGAAGCCCACAGCAGACCUUUCCUGUCAGAACUGUGUGAAGCUCCGUGUUGGAAGCACUACAGCGACCUGGACCCUGUGUUUCCUAACGGGCAGGGGCUUGGAGCUCGCCGUCUGGGCAGCAGAACUAACCGCUGUUUCCUUUAAUAAUCGUUAAGCCAUAUCAUCUAAGGUUUUCGGCUUGUUGGAGAUCUGAAUUUGUUUUAUAGAUUAUAAAUAUACAUAUACAGUGUAUGUAUAAAGCAGAAUGCCUGUCCUUCCUGAUUAUUUUUUGUACCAUAUUGUAAAUUAUAUUAUUUAUUCUUUACCAAUUUUGGGAAUAAAAGGUGUUUUGGUUAUUUAAUAUAAUAAACAAAAGCUGUUAAACUUAUGUUAAAAUUUCCAGUUCAACUUGUAAAUCCGUUUUUAUUAUUGUGCAUAAAUACAUACUAAUAACUUGAUCUAAUA